AUGCCUAGUUUUUCACUUGGACUUGGUCUUGGUCUGACACAAGAGUUUCAAGAAGGAGAUGUAAGCAGUGAAGAUGAACAAGAGAAGAAAGAAAGAAAAGAUGAAAAACUUGAUGAAGAAGAAAGUUAUGAUUCAGAAGAAACAAAAUGUGACAAUAAUAUCUUGGGAAUUAAAGAUGAUCAAGAGGGGAGAAGAGAUGUAGGAAAAAGAUUAAAAAAAAAACCAUCACUGAAGGUAUCCUCUCCUUAUAAUCAAAAAGAGGUAUUUCAAACUAAGAGAGGUUAUGUGCUUGGAAGAGGAAGGAUUGAAACCAUACAUGCAGGAUUAUGGGUACAUGCACAUGUCAUUGAUGCUUGGACUGAUGUUUUGAACUAUGAAGAAAAGAUUAAAUCAAAUUCUACAGUGAAUCAAUAUUUCUUUGAUACAUCAAUGGUGGAACCAGCGGUUGAUGUUAUUGACAAUAGGAAUUCAGUUGCAAAUUUUCAAGGGCUUAUCGUGAUGCACCUAAUGAAUUAG